AUGGCAGACAGGAGUGGGCAGGUCAAGGCCGUGGCCAUACUUUUCCUCAUAACCACCUGGGUUCUGGUUCCGUUAAGAUUAUAUUGUCGCGGUUACAUUGUGAAGUCCUUCGGCUCCGACGACUGGAUCCUAUGCUUCUUACAGAUCGUCUUCACGAUUUACCUUAUAUCACAAUUGCUGGGCGCUGUGGCGGGAACAGGUCGUCACAAAACCGACAUCACGCCCGAGGCCAAUACCGAAGCACUUAGGGUAAGCAAUGAACGGAGCUCUGUAGUCGUCAGAGAAUUUGGUGCUAAUACAGCUGUCUUGGCGACUGGGCAGUGGUGGUUUAUAUGCGAGCUUCUCUACAUCAUCUCUACAUGUGCGCUGAAAAUCUCAGUGGGCUUCUCAUUGCUGCGAAUUUGUGUGAGGCCAGCUUAUGCCCGCAUCAUCCAUUUUUUGAUGUACGCAACUGGUCUUGUGGGAAUAGUAUACUUUCUGAUGGUUCUUCUUCAAUGUCGACCCAUGUCAACUUUCUGGGAACAGUCGCCCAGAACGAAUGACCUUUGCUUCAAAAAUAGCAUCGUGCUCGGUUUAACAUACACCAUAGCCAUCAUGAACUGCUUGGCAGAUUGGGCAUUCAGCAUACUUCCGAUCCUCGUUGUCAAACAUCUCAAUAUGCGACGCUCCACGAAAGUAUCGUUAAGCGCGAUCUUAGGUCUCGCAGCUUUAGGGAGCAUAGCGACCGUCGUACGUUGCUUCUAUAUCCCCACCUUACUUGUGGGUGAUGAUUUUCUAUUCGCUACAACAGAGGUGGCAUUAUGGAGUACGAUAGAACCCGGACUAGGGAUCAUCGCGACCUCACUCGCUAUACUCCGCCCGUUGUAUCGCGCCAUGAAAAUUCGAAUCGGAUUAUAUGGCAGCCAAACGGCUGAAUACCACAUACGGGACACCGAUGCGGUUAGCCUCUAUAGUGCAGCAAAGACAGCUGGAAAUCUCUCUCAGAGUAAUGUUUUUGGAUUAUUCAAAGGUGCAACCAAGACGGAGUCAAGCGAUAAUGCUCAUAUGUCCGAGACACGCGAGCUUCAUGUAACGACGGAGUUAACGGCCCCAGCAGUGGCUUGGGUUUCCCCAGGGUAA